AACUUUAACCUUGGUUUUCAGGGUCGGCUCCAAUGUCCAAAGUACUAUAUAACGAAAGAGCCGUCAUUUCUUUUUGCUGGUCUUAUUUCUGACCGUUGUGCGGAAUUAAAGCUUAAAGGAAGAGACAGACAUGGAGAAAAAUGAGAGGAAGGGGAGAGUGACACUGAUCCUGGCUGCAGCUUCUCUGAUUGCUGGAUUUGGCUCGUCUUUUCAGUAUGGAUACAAUGUGGCUGUUGUCAACUCACCUGCCCCGGACAUGCAGCGGUUCUACAGCCAAAUAUAUGUGAAUCGUUAUGGCCCAAUGUCAGAAAAUCUCUUGACCCUCCUGUGGUCCGUAACUGUGUCCAUGUACCCACUGGGUGGGUUUUUUGGAUCUCUCAUGGUAGCUCCAUUGGUGAACAAAUUCGGAAGAAAAGGCACACUUCUGUUCAACAACGUCUUCUCUAUUAUUCCUGCUAUAAUGAUGGGUGUGAGUAAAGUGGCAGGGUCAUUUGAAAUCAUCAUUGUGGCACGCUUUCUAGUGGGCAUCUGUGCAGGCCUGUCCUCCAACGUGGUGCCCAUGUAUUUGGGAGAAAUCGCACCCAAGAAUUUCAGGGGGGCCAUUGGAAUAGUGCCUCAGCUUUUCAUCACUGUUGGUAUCCUUGCCGCCCAAGUGUUCGGUAUUGACAAUAUAUUGGGAAAUGAGGAAGGUUGGCCCAUCAUGUUGGGCCUCACAGGGAUUCCGGCUGUCAUUGAGCUGCUGCUUCUGCCUUUCUUCCCCGAGAGCCCACGUUACAUGCUCAUACAGAAGGGGGAUGAAAAAACUGCCAGGAAAGGGUUGCAGAAGCUGCGUGGCUGUGAGGAUGUGGAUGAGGAGCUGUGUGAGAUGCGUGUGGAGGAACAGUCGGAGCGAGCAGAAGGUCAACUCUCUGUGCUCAACCUCUUCACCUUCCGCUCACUGCGCUGGCAGCUGCUGUCUGUAAUCUUCAUGAACAUGGGCCAACAACUGUCAGGAGUCAAUGCCAUUUAUUACUAUGCUGACAGCAUCUACAGCUCAGCAGGAGUGUCUGACGAACACGUUCAGUACGUGACGGUUGGAACCGGAGCAGUUAAUGUCUUCAUGACAAUAGCAGCUGUGUUCAUAGUGGAGAAAUCUGGCAGAAAGUUGUUGCUAUUGAUCGGCUUUGGCGUCUGCUGUGGAGCCUGUGUUAUUCUGACCACAGCACUUUACUUCCAGACUACACUGAACUGGAUGCCCUAUGUCAGCAUCAUCUGUGUCAUUGUUUACGUCAUCGGACAUGCUAUUGGCCCAAGUCCUAUUCCUAAUGUAAUCACUACAGAGAUGUUUCGGCAGUCUUCUAGACCACCAGCCUUCAUGGUGGGUGGAUCGGUUCACUGGCUCUCAAACUUCACCGUCGGCCUGGUCUUCCCCUUUCUAGAGAAAGGCCUGGGCCCUUACAGCUUCAUCAUUUUUGCCUGCAUCUGCCUUGCCACGCUUAUAUACAUCUGGGUGAUCAUCCCAGAGACCAAAAACAAGACUUUUCUGGAGACCAGCAAGCUUUUUGCUCAGAGAAACAAGGUGGACAUUGUGAUGGAGGCUGGAGACUCUGAGAUCAAAGAGACCGGAGAGGGAAGCAGCGAAAAGGAAAUGAAAAACACAUUUCUCUAAAUAGAUAAGGGGUUGUUUACAAAGGACAUCUUCUUGCUUUUGUCUGCAAUGCUUUGAAUUUUUUAACACACUUUAUUUUUGAGUGUCUGCCGGGGUUUUGAAAGAACAUGCCCUGUAUUAGAACAUUAAAAUAUUGUGCCUUUUCGGUUUCAUCUUUAUUUGGGGUUUUGACAAAAAAGAAUGUUUUCAAAUGGCUUCCGAAAUAAUCAGCGUAAAAAGUCAUAUACAGUAUUUUCCUUAAAACUAAGAAUAUUUGGUCCCACUUUUUAUUACACUCUCAGAAAUAAAGGUACAAAAGCUGUCAAUGGGACGGUACUUUUUCAAAAGGUACAUAUUUGUACCAUUUUGGCACCUUAAAGGUACACAUUAGUACUUAAAGCGUACAUAUUUGAAUCUAAUAGGAACAGAAUUGCACCUUUUGAAAAGUGACAGCUUCUGUAACUUUAUUUUUGAGAAUGUAGGUGGCCUUAACUACUGUGCACUUAACAUAGUAACUUACCUUAUUGUGUACAUACAUGUUUGUACUUGUAUAAUACCUCUAUGUAGUUACAUCUGUAAUUAAUAUCUGUAUCGCGGGGUGUCCUUUACACAAUUUUCUGUCUUGUGUUUUUUGCAUGUCUGUUGCAUCAUAUGACUUUUUUUAGACAAAUAUUUAUGUAUUUCAACGAAGGUUCCUUUCAAGAAGCAAUUGUGAAGAAUCAAGAAUAGCUUUCUUUCAUGACUUAGAAACAUGCUCUCAAUAGAUAUUUAAGGUAUACAAAGUGCAUUUGGAAUAAAUGAAUAGCUCUAGACCGUUAAGAAGGUUAAAAAUGCGAAUGUUUAUUGAAAUUCUUCAGAUAUGAUUCACAUUAUUCAUUUGGCUAAAAACGACAUUGAAAUGUUUGUAUUUAAAAUAAAGAUUGAUUAGAAUA